GUGGUCACCUCCAGGGCAGAUGACAUUUGAUCCAGAAAUCUUUUUUAAUGUUUUACUGCCACCAAUUAUAUUUCAUGCAGGAUACAGCCUAAAGAAGAGACACUUUUUUCAAAACUUAGGAUCUAUUUUAACGUAUGCCUUCUUGGGAACUGCCACCUCCUGUGUCGUCAUUGGGUUAAUUAUGUAUGGCUUUGUGAAGGCUAUGGUAUAUGCUGGCCAGUUGAAAAAUGGAGACUUUCAUUUCACAGACUGCUUAUUUUUUGGUUCAUUGAUGUCUGCUACAGAUCCAGUGACAGUGCUGGCCAUCUUCCACGAGCUGCAUGUGGACCCCGACCUGUACACGCUCCUGUUUGGGGAGAGCGUGUUGAACGAUGCAGUGGCCAUUGUCCUGACAUACUCUAUCUCCAUUUACAGUCCCAAGGAGAAUCCAAAUGCAUUUGAUGCAGCAGCAUUUUUCCAGUCUGCGGGAAACUUCCUGGGGAUCUUCGCAGGCUCAUUCGCAAUGGGGUCUUUGUAUGCUGUUGUCACAGCACUGUUGACCAAAUUUACCAAACUCUGUGAGUUCCCGAUGCUGGAGACAGGCCUGUUUUUCCUCUUGUCUUGGAGUGCCUUCCUGUCUGCUGAGGCUGCCGGUCUAACAGGGAUAGUUGCUGUUCUCUUCUGUGGAGUCACACAGGCACAUUAUACCUACAACAAUCUGUCGCUGGAUUCCAAAAUGAGGACUAAACAGUUGUUUGAAUUUAUGAACUUCUUGGCUGAGAACGUCAUCUUCUGUUACAUGGGCCUGGCACUGUUCACGUUCCAGAAUCACAUCUUUAAUGCUCUCUUUAUACUUGGAGCCAUUCUAGCCAUUUUUGUUGCUAGAGCUUGCAACAUCUAUCCCCUCUCCUUUCUCCUGAAUCUGGGUCGAAAGCAGAAGAUCCCCUGGAACUUCCAGCACAUGAUGAUGUUUGCAGGCUUGCGAGGAGCAAUAGCAUUUGCCCUGGCCAUUCGGAACACGGAAUCUCAGCCCAAACAAAUGAUGUUUACCACCACGCUUCUCCUUGUGUUCUUCACAGUCUGGGUAUUUGGAGGAGGGACCACGCCCAUGCUGACCUGGCUGCAGAUCAGAGUUGGUGUGGACCUAGAUGAAGAGCAGAAGGAGGAGCCCUCCUUACAGCAGGAAGCAAAUAACAUGGACAAAAGCAAGACAAGAGUCGAAAGUGCGUGGCUCUUCAGAAUAUGGUAUGGCUUUGACCACAAAUACCUGAAACCUAUUUUAACCCAUUCCGGCCCUCCGCUGACCACAACAUUACCUGAAUGGUGUGGUCCAAUUUCUAGGCUGCUCACCAGUCCUCAGGCCUAUGGGGAACAGCUGAAAGAGGACGAUGUGGAAUGCAUUGUGAAUCAGGAUGAGCUGGCCAUGAAUUACCAAGAGCAGGCAACCUCACCCGGCAGCCCUCCUGUCAGGCUAGAUCUCCACCAGAAAACUUCGCCUCAGACUCCGAGCAAAGAAAACAUUUAUGAGGGGGAUCUGGGCCUCGGAGGCUAUGAUCUCAAGCUUGAGCAAACUCUGAGCCAAUCCCAGCUGAAUUAAUGGGCAUGAACAUUGCAGAUGUAAUCGCAACUGAUGCAAGGCUCACUGAGGAAUACACGGCACGCUGAUGAGGCAGUGUGGGGGAGGCUGGACAGUAUAUUAAGAGCAUAAAUUGGAAGGAAUCAAAACCUUGUCACAUGUAUCCUCUGGUGCCUGAAGAAAUGAGAAUUUAUUAUCCUCCCUCUGUAUUAUGCAAUUGAAUUGGAGUUUUUGACACCAGUCAUUUUUAUUAAUGAAUUGGGUGGGGUGGGGGCGGAGGAGGGGAGGGGGGAAGUCAGCAGUCCAGCUGCUGGAGGAUAAAACACAUGUGCUGAUAUCAGUCUGCAGUCUUUCUUCUCUGUACCUGACUCUCUAGCCCUUCACUAAGAUUUUGGAUUUCGUUCCCUCCAUUAGGGAGCACUGAAAAAGAAACAGAGUCUCUGAGUGUAAACAUGUUGCUCCUAAAUGAAAGGAAUAUCCAGUUAUUCAGUGAUAAAUUUUACACUUCAGGAUCCAGAUUCCGACUUCUUGUCUCAGAGUGAUCCCAGGACUGGUGGCAGCUAAGCUCUGGCUACUGCUGUGAAUGGCCUCCCCUGAUGCUGGGCUCCACUGUUAUUCUUGGCAUCCUUUCCAAGUUGCUCUCUGGUGGCAUGAAGGGACUGGUUACAGCUGGGCCCUGCACGAAAUGCUAUGCCAGUUCCUAGCCUGGUAGGACCACGUCCAAGGAAAGCUGCUUUGUUUUUUUCCCCAUACCACAUUUGACCUAAAGAGUGAAACUCCCUGCCCUUGCUUGCAUCUGAGUCACUUCUUGCCUAUGUGGCUACUCCCGUCUGGACCUUGAGUAAUAAGAUUCCACAGCAUAAGUUGCUCUCCACAUGCCAGGAGAUGGUGCAGGAACACAAACCUGUCUUCCAAUUCCAACACUCCCAGCUGACUGGCGGAGCAGGAGCAGAGGAGCAGAGCUGCCAUUCGAUGCCUACAUUGCCUGGAGGCCUGGAGGAGCUUCCGGACUACUCCACAUAAGGCAUGGUGCCAUGAGCCCUCAUUGGGAAGACCGACACAAUUGCUUUUAAUUCAGUGCAUGACCUGUGCCUUUGAAGCCAUAAAAAUACCUCAAGCUAGCUUCUCUGGAAAUGCAGCUGUUAAUAUAAAACUCCAAAGAGCAGACUUUAGUGUCAGGUGCCAGGCUAUAAUGAGUCUGCUUCUGAGGGAGGGAGGAAAGACAUCUUCCUCAGGCCUAAAGCUUGGAAGUAACAUGUGCUUUGCUGACCAGUUAUUUGGCCUUAAACCUUAACCAUUAACACUGCCACACCCACCCAUUUUCUUGCUUUUUAAAUAGUAAAGUCCAGGGCACAAAAUGUUUUCUACUCAGCUGUGUAUAAUCUGGUUAUUCCAGGUAAAUAUGGCAAGUGAUAAAGCAUGAAGUUUUCUAAUUUGACCUAAUGAUAAUAAAAUUUUGUUAUAAAGUAUGACUGUUGCACUAUGCUCUAUUGAUGGAAUCCCCUGUCUGUGCUGACUGGCAGUUCUAAGCCCUGUACUCAAAAGGUCAGGAAAAGCUGUCACUGUAAAUUUAUAUAAGUGAGAUGCAAAGGUCCUGUGGCCUAGAAACAGGCAUAGGGCUGACACAACAAGUCACUGAGGGAAUGAAAAGAAUGGCACUGGGCUGGGAAGAUGUGCCAGAGACAGAGGGAAAAUUAAGUCAAAAAGAAAGGAAUGACCUCCUCCUUUCACACAGCAGGUGACCAGAAAUCACAAAGUGUUUUAAAAUAGGAGCAGAAGAUACCCAAGAAAAAAAGGAAAGAAAAGAAAAGCAGAAGAUAAGAAUUCAUCUUAUUCCUGCCUUUACCAUGAAAGGAAAAGUUGAGGGCUUGGUGUUUCUUUCUUUCCUUUUGUGUAGAGAAAGACAUCCUGGGGAAGAGAAGAUCUCCCCAAAACAGACAAGUAUUAGUUGGGGGUAGGAGUAGAGAGAAGACAGAGAAAUAUGACAUACAAGAUUGAAAUGAGGUGGGCAAAGAUGGGAAAGCACAGAAUCUAAACAAGCAGUAAAUCACUAAAAGGACAUAGCAAAAAUAGUCCCCUUGCCCCCAGGUAAAGCCUUCCUCCUGCUUAGGAAAAAAAUGUCUUUCCAGUUGAUCAUUACAAACCAUUACUAACCAGAAGAAUGUGAGACUAUAACCUGGACCAGCCACUACCCCAGCUAUGUAGAGACAAUAGAUGAGAAAAUUGUGCCCACCUCAACCUGUAAGAUAGUACCCAGCUUCCAGCUGCGAUUACCAGCCUCCUUCCCUCUGAAACAGCCAAGACCAAAACAGAGGCUGGAUCUCAGUUAGCAAUUCAGAAUCCAAAUUCUCUUUAUGUUCCCGCUGUGAAGGACAGUAAUUUAUGAUCUUAAGAAACACUCUGUGCUUUGAAUAGAAGCAUCAGGACUGUGAAAUUCAAACCUAUUAUUUACUGCCAGUGUCUAAUGAUUAAUAAAGGCAAAGGGCUUUUAUUUUCUUCAAACUACUAAUGCUUCCACUCAUUAUUAUAGCUUGAGAUAGGACUCUUAUUAAUUAAUGGCCAUGGUUCUUUCUUGAACUUCUUACCAUGUGGAAUCACAUAUGUAGUCAUGAGUGUGCACAUAAGUACACACAUGCAUGCACAUCCAGUCAUAGUCCAGAUUCCAGCUACAGCUUCUGCAGUGUCCUCUGGUUCUUGGUGCAUGAUGUCUGAGCAGGUUUGAAACCUGGUAGAAAGAGCCAGUAGAGUCUUUAUACUAAAAAUUUAGUGGAAGGCAAUAUCUUUAUAAAUCAAAACUGAAUGAU